CAGGAGCCAUAAGACCAAGACCGUUCGACCGUUCGACGUGGCCGUGUCGGCUCAGUGUCUGUGAGCCGGGAGCCAAUAACCAGAGAAGAAGAAGAAGGACGGUGCUCGUUGACUUUCCGGCGCGUCUCUCCGACCGAUGGGGCGAUCGCCAGCGAUCGACCUCGCGCUCGAGGAUGAGUGUGCCUCGAUGUCCCCGCGACGGCAUCAGAGUUGGUAGCAAGACUGUGUUAGAUUGGAAUCAUGUCGAGCGGCAGCGGGGAUCACGAGGAGGAGGGCUACGUCAUCAAGAUGCGCGGGCUGCCCUGGUCCACCACCGUGGACGAGAUCAUGAAGUUCUUCGGCGACUGCUCGAUCUCGAAUGGCAAGAACGGUGUUCACAUGACGACGUCCCGCGAGGGGCGCCCCAGCGGCGAGGCCUAUGUGGAGAUGGACACUCCGGAGGACAUCGAGAAGGCCUGCAAGAGAGACGGGGAUCACAUGGACCACCGCUACAUCGAAGUUUUUAAAGCAAAGCGCGGCGAGAUGGAAUGGGUCGUGAAGAGAAGCGGCCUCAAUUUGGAGAACGCGAUGGACGACGGUUGCGUGAGAUUGCGCGGCUUGCCGUUUGGCUGCUCGAAAGAGGAGAUCGCGCAGUUCUUCUCAGGUACUUGGCGUACGACAAUCCAAGACAGUAUCCUAGUGUUCUUUAAUUGAUAAUCAUUGAGAUUUUGUUUAAUCCUUGGUAAAACGAACACCUAUUCAUCUUUUUCAAAUAUGUAGCUUUCUUUCUAUUUUUAUAUACUCCCCUUUUCAUAAAGUGAAUAGACGAGAAAUUUGACAAUUUAUCCCAUGGAACGCAGCGACGGAACACUUUCGAUGGCCUCGCAACACGAACUACUAAAAUCGCUACCUUACAUCGGCGAAUCUUUGGCGUGCCGCAACAAUUGCUAAUUUAACAACGUUACACGCUUGUCCCAAAAUUGACUUGUAAAGAUAAUCGAGUGGCAGAAAUGAAGCACCAUCUAAGGCGAACGUCUCUGCGUUCCGGUAUCGACGAUUAGCCCGAGUUAAGAUUUAAGAUCCCCGCCGAGAUCCGAGUCGCGCCGCACGAGUGCGCGCCGUUGACUUAUGAUUUUAUGAUUUGCACGCGUCUGUCGACGCGCGGCUCGGUGUGAUCGAGCUUAAUUCUUAACUUAGGUUUUUGGCGUCGCAAUUUAACUACAUUCAUAUAAGGAGAAUCACGAAGAGAAAGAAGAAAAAAAUGCGCAUGUAUACGCGCGAUAUUAGAGCCUUAGAAAAAUGUGUCUUGCUUCUU